AAAACAGAGGAGACAAUAAAUGUGAACUAAGAAACGCCGCGUGGUUGUUUCUCUCUCUUCCCCGGCCCCUCCCUCCCUCUCUUUCUCUCUGCUUCUCAACCGAGGUGUUUAAAGCUCUCGUUUUCUUUUGUUUUUUUACUACUUCAUUUUCGUCCCUCACUCUUCUUCCCUGUUCCUGUAAGCCAUUUUUAAAUUCUCACUAAUUAUACUUUCAUCACUCAUCAGCAAUUAAUCCUCCAGGAAUUUCAGCCUCAAAUCUCCCUGUUCUGUGGCAGUUGUUGAUCAGAUUUCCAAAUUUUCAUUGUAUAAACAACAUUCUCAAUCAGGAUUUUAUCAAGAUCAACGAAGAAAUAUAAAGACAAAAAAGAAUUGGUAAUGGACUCGACAAUCUCGACUUACGAAGAACAUACAGAGGAAGAUACAUCAAGAGAGUUAUCAAUGAGGAAAAAGCGACGAAGAAUUGACCCAACCGUCAAUCAAAAUCAAUCGAACAACACUCAAAAUCAAAUUAGAUGGAGAUCACAAGGAGAACAAAAAUCCUACUCCUCUAAACUUCUAAAUGCUCUUCGACAAGUUCGCCGUCGUAAUCCUACAUCAGCGCCGGUUUCAGAAAGCCGAGCAGUUCGUGAUGCUGCUGACAAAGCUUUAGCGAUAGCGGCUAAAGGUCGUACUCGAUGGAGUCGAGCCAUUUUAGCUAAUCGGCUUAAGCUUCGUCUUAAAAAACAUAAGAAAGCUAAAGUUCGUUCAAGGUCACCUCCACAACCACCGGUUACUGGAACUAGCCGGUUAUUUGGAGAAAAUAAUGAACAACAGAAAUUAACGGCUCUUGAUAAACGUGUUAAGGUUCUUGGUAGGUUAGUUCCUGGUUGCCGGAAAUUAUCGUUGUCGAAUCUUCUAGAGGAAGCUACAGAUUAUAUUGCUGCUCUUCAAAUGCAAGUCGGAACUAUGGCAGCUCUUACAGAGCUUCUUACUGGUUCAAGUUCCGGUUCAAGUUCCGGUUCGAUGGAAACUAAUUCAACUGGUAGUUGACUCGAAUAACUGCUUAGCAAAUUUUUAAAACAUUAUUUUAUUUUUCUUCUUUUGCUUUUUAUUUUUUGAUAAGUAAUCGAAUGUAUUUUUAUUGUAUACAUCUGGCCUUUUUAUAUAAAAAAAAAUAUUUUUGGACCAUGUAGUUCUUUUUUUCUUUUACUUUUAGUAGCUCAGCCCAUGUGAAAUUUUAUUUCAUUUUUUUUUUUUGAAGAGAGUGAAAUUUUAUUUUUAUUAUGGUUCUCUUGGCUACUUUAGGCCGCCGGCUCUUUCUUUGAACUGAAAAAUAGGAAGUUUAUUUGCUAUAUAUUUUAUGUUUUUUUUUUUAAUGUUUUGCUAUAUUUUCUUUAUUUAUUAAUUGGUUUGAUUUUUAUGUUCAUUAGACAGACAUUCACAAGAAAAUUAAAUUAGAAUAGUAAGUAGAAGUCAUUAAAUGGGAACAUGGCAGCUAAUAAUGGAUGUUUGUACUAAAGUGCUGGAAGGCGGUUGGGUAUCCUUUUUAUAGGGGCAUAAUAAUUAAUUAAUUGGAAUUUUGAGUUCUUGCUUCCAAGUUCCAACCAUAUUCUUGGCUUUUAUAUUUUUCUAAAAAUAGAUUAGUUUAUCAUUCCUCU